CUUAACAAUUAGACGCCGCUGCCACCCCCGACCCGACCCGGCUUCCUCGCCGCUAGGACGCAAGGAUCCUCCAGUACCGGUGGACGGCUCGCGAGGAGGAUGACCCCUCGCCACGAGUGCAGCUCGCAGGCCUGCCUCUCUUAACGUCCCCGCGAAGCGGCGAGGAGGACACCGAUCCCGGCGAACUCGGCGAGCGAGGGAGGCGGAGAGUAGGAGGCGGCCGAGGAUCGACGAGCCGGCUGGAGGCGCGAUAAAAAUAAAGAAAAUGGGGGUGCCGGAUGUGGAGCAGGCUAAGAGACGGCUCCAGGAUAUUCUGAGGAAAGCGCAGAAGCUCGAGAUACCGGCGCAAGAAGUGAUCUCGACGCGGACCGCCCAGAAGCUUCUUGCCAAGACGAGGAACGUCCUGGCGUGGACGAUGUGGAUCACCCUUUUUGUCGUGCUGCUCACCAGCGUGGUCUACGCGCACUGGGAAACAAGGCAGGAAGUCGAGACCAUUAGGACUGUCCUCAGGCGAACGUGCCCCGGCGCAGCGCCCGGAGAGUUCUCGGAGCGUGCGGCGGCCCUCCUGCAGUCCUCGUCCACUCAAGACGACUGCUAGUCCUCGUCGGGGCCCUCAGUAUUCGCCGCAGCCUCCCGCGCGAAAGAAACCGACGGGCGAACCGGCGAAAACUGUCUCAGCCGACUCGCGAGAGCCAGAACGUCGCGCGAGGCUGACGCAUCCUUGUAACAAGACCGAUCACCGAACGUUUCCUGCAAGAAUCGUGUAUCUAGGACUCGCCGAGAGAUCGAUUAUCCUAUCUCGAGACUCCGCUCUCCCGCGAAACCGAGACGAUGUCGCCGCGUUCGCCAGCUAAUUUACACGGGGCGCGUUCCUCGUUCCCGGCGCGGCCGUCUCGGCGCGAGAAACCGACGCCAAAAGGCCGCGCGGCGGGAGAGCCGGGCUGUUUCCCGCUGCUCCGCGGUGUAAUUACGUUCCGAGGGCCCUCGAAGAUUACCCGGCGGCCAUCGAGGCGGGCCGGCCAUUCACGCAGCUCAAAGGACGCGUAAACGCGCCAGCGUUCCCCGCCGAUCCCGACUGAAAGCCGCGGUUCCGCUCGGCCGACGGCGCUGCGCCCGCGGAAUCUUUCCUCCCGUGAACCACCGCACGCCGGGGACCGCUUUGCCGCUUUGCGGGACGCCCUCGGAGCGGGCUGCUCGCGUCGGACGGCGACAGGGACGCGGAAACCGAGGAGAAACUGGCGACGGCGAGCUUAACCCGUUUCGUCCCGGACGCAGUUUCUCUUUGAAGGAUUCGGAAAUGGGUUCCUCUUGAGGUUCUCAGGAAAAUGUUGCUAAGGGUUUGUUUAACACUAGGUUCACGGGCAUUUAUUGUGCACUUCAUUCUGUUAUUCCUAAAAUUAUUCCUAAUUACCUACUAUCAAAUCUCCAGUUAUUCCAAACUGGAGAUUCGAUAGUAGGUAAUUAGGCUACAUGUCAGAGUGAUUCAAUCAAAAUCGGCAUUUACAAAAUAAUGUUUCUAAAAUCCAAUAUGCGUCAGUUUGACGUAUUCCGUAAACCUAGUGUUAACACGAAAUUUAACGCUGAACAUUCAUUCGACGCUUCGAUUGAGUGAAGCUCACGAGAACUCGUACGGACAGUUUUCCUAAUAAGAAGCGAAAGAUGGUGUCACCCGAAUUUAGGUGACAAAGUGUUAAUCAGCGUCGCGGGGAGCACCGGCGAGAACGGGUUGAAAGCGGCGAACGAGGAGACGCGUUAAACGA